UGAGACAGCAGUACUAUCCACCACCAAAUAAAAGAAGUAAAGAGGAAAAAUCUCUAAUCUUCAUCACAUGAAAAACAAAAGAUUCUUCGAUUUUGUUUUUCUUUUCCAAUAGUCACAACACACUAAUUGUACACUUCCUCCAAUACCACCAUCGUUAAGAAAAACAAAAAGAUAUCAUCCAAUGAUACAUUACGAGCAAAACAACAACCAUCAGAAGCUUCCCUCUUCAUCUUCUAACGAUCUUCUUCUUGGCAUCAAUGGAGCCGACGCAACCCAAAAGAGAAAACGGAGACCCGCAGGGACACCAGAUCCAGAUGCAGAUGUGGUAUCUUUAUCACCAAGAACGUUGCUAGAGUCAGAUCGGUACGUGUGUGAGAUCUGCAACCAAGGGUUUCAGAGGGAUCAGAAUCUACAGAUGCAUAGAAGAAGGCAUAAAGUGCCAUGGAAGCUUCUGAAGAGAGACAAGAAGGAUGAGGAAGUAAGGAAGAGAGUCUACGUGUGUCCUGAGCCAACAUGUCUUCACCACGACCCGUGCCACGCCCUUGGAGAUCUGGUCGGAAUCAAAAAGCACUUCCGCCGGAAACACAGUGUCCACAAGCAAUGGGUUUGCGAGAGAUGCUCCAAAGGCUAUGCAGUUCAAUCUGACUACAAAGCCCAUCUCAAGACUUGCGGUUCACGCGGUCACUCCUGCGAUUGCGGACGCGUUUUCUCCAGGGUUGAGAGUUUCAUAGAACAUCAAGAUACUUGCAACAUCCGGCAACCUCCACCCACCAACCACCGUCCUAUACAGCAGCACACGACCGGCCUUGCUGCUCCAUCAAGAACGACUUCGACCGCAAGCUUUGGCCCUUUAUUGCAUGGACUUCCUUUGUUACGUCCACCACGACCGUCCAAUCAACAUUCACCAGCGUUUGCUUACCCUUUCAAUGCUUCAUCAGCUCCUUUCGAAAGCCUCGAACUUCAACUAUCCAUAGGCAUGGCUAGAACAUCAGCACAAGCAAAGCGCAACGAAAAGGGAGAGACGAGUUUAACAAAGGAGAGAGCGAACGAGGAGGCAAGGAAGGCAGAGGAAACGAGACAAGAAGUUAAAAGGCAGAUAGAGAUGGCGGAAAAGGAUUUUGAGAAAGCUAAGAGAAUAAGGGAAGAAGCGAAAAUCGAGCUGGAGAAGGCUCAGGUUGUUAGAGAAGAAGCAAUCAAGAGGAUUAAUGCAACAAUGAUGGAGAUCACUUGCCACUCUUGCAAGCAAUUGUUUCAGCUGCCUGUUAUGGCUGAUGAGAGUACGUCGUCUCUUGUUAUGAGUUACGUUUCCUCGGCGACAACUGAAGGAGAAUGUGAGUGAUCCAAUGCAUCUUCAUAUAUCUCCAUAUGAACAAAAGAAAGCAAAUAAUGAUUUUAAACGAAA